UCUCUUUUAAUCUCACAUAAGGUUUUUUUUAAUAAAUAUUUUUAUUUUUUUUUAUAUAGUCUAGUUUAUGUAGUCCAUUAGCCAAGUUUAGCCUAAAUGUUAGAAUUCCUGUGAGGAGUCUCUCGCUAACUUAGACUUCAGCUAAAGUAAGUGGAGUCUGAGCAGAUAAUCCAGCUCGGACAAAAUAAUUGUUUUUAUGUUUUGAUGAACACAUUUAACUUCCUCAUUCUUCGUGUUUGAAGAGCACGAAGAUAGAAAAUGUCCGAGGGUGGAGCGCAAAGUAAAAGUAAAACUGAUCCAACAAUGGAGUAUGAGAUGAACCACAAGAGGAGAGGAUUGGCACUAAUUUUCAACCAUGAAAAGUUUCAGUCUUGUCCGAAGCGCCGUGGAACAAAUAUAGACAGAGACAACCUCACAAAAAGAUUUCAAGCCUUAGGAUUUGAAGUGAAGGUAAACAAUAACAAAACUAUGAAGGAGGUGCUCAUGGAAAUACGAAAAGCUGCAGAGAUGGACCACGCAGAUGCCGACUGCUUUGUUUGCAUUUUCCUGACUCAUGGGACAGAAGGGCAUAUAUAUGCCUCUGAUGAUAUGUUUAAGAUUAAGGAAAUAACAGAUCCCUUCAGAGGAGAUAAGUGCAAGAGCCUUGUAGGGAAGCCCAAGAUCUUCAUCUUCCAGGCAUGUGCUGGUGAGAAAUAUGAAGAUGCUGUGACCGGCAUGGUGGGAGGGGAUAUUGUUGAUGAUGAGGAAAAUGUGGAGGAAGCAGCUAACAUCUACACCAUCCCAGCAGGGGCAGAUUUCCUCAUGUGUUACUCUGCAGCAGAAGGAUUCUACUCUUUUCGUGAUAUCUGGUCUGGAACGUUGUACAUUCAGGAUUUAUGUGAAACGCUGGAACAGCAUGGCUCAAGCAAGGAGUUCACUGAGCUCCUAACACUGGUCAACCAGAAGGUUUCCCGACGCAGUGUCAACCUGGGAUAUGGAAAAAUGGGCAAAAAACAGAUGCCUUGCUUCACCUCCAUGCUGACUAAAAAACUAUACUUUAGGUGUAAUAAAUAGUAAACAGUAGCACUCAGACCCAGUGCAUUCACGGUUACUACAAAACUAUUCUGGACGGUACUAUUCAGCAUUGCUUGUUUUUUAAUAUUUUGCAAGGAAAAUCAAGUGUGUGUAAGGUUACUGGUUUGAUCUUGAGCUUGGGUCAUUGUGUUCAUGUGUCUGUGUACUCCAGGUUGUUUGGUUUUCUUUCACUGCCCAAAAACAUUCAGUUCAGUGAAAUGGCUACUCUAACAUGCCUAUAGGUAUGGAUAAGCAUGUGAAUGCGUAUGCACAUUGUGUCUUGUGAUGCACCAGUGUCCCAUCCAGGGUGAAUUCUCCACUGUUUCCAGGAUAGACUAAGGAUUCAUGCUGACCCUGACCAUGAUUGUCAUGUCCGGCUGCCCCUGCCCCAUGCUCAGGUCAGGAAAAUCAUAUUUUCGUGAACAUUCUGUGUAGCAUGAAAACGAGUUGACCACGCAUUUAAACCACGCAUUUUCUCUCAGCAAUGACAAGCAGACUCUGGAUGCUAGUUUAAUGUUAGACUCAAUAUGAUCAUAACUCAGUUAGGGUACAUGGAGAGAUAUGAUUGAAUGGAUAGAUGGACGACAAUGUUCUUUAUAUUUUUUUUGUGAGAUUGUGUGCCAAUCUUGCAUCCUGUGUACCAAAUAACCAGUGUAUCUAUUAUCAAUUUCCCAUCAUUUUGGAUUACAGAAGUAAGGAUUGCAGAUGGUUAUUCCUACCCUGCUAUAAUACAGUGUUGGAGGCAUAAAAAUGAUUUACUUUAGGUAUUUGUGCUGCACAGAAAAUUAGCACAGGAAUGUAAAUAUUUUAAUUUGUUCAUUAACUAAGGGUGGUUGUUUAUGCAUGGAAGACAAUUAUUAUUGUAAUGAUCAACAUUUUCAUAUAAUUACAUAUUAAUGUUGCUGAUGUCUAUCUGCACCUGAUAUUACACAAUAGUUCUGUAACACACAGUUCAUAAAAGUUUUCUGCUUUUUCUAUUCUAAACCCCUGCGCUUUGGUGGAUGUGUCUCUGACAGACGUCCUGUACAACAAGUGAUUCAUUUUACAUUUUCAGGUACUGCGGUCAGUUUAAAAUAAAAGUUUGUUUAACAGUGGAAA